AUGGCAGAUGAGGAUCAAUUUUUAAGGAGUCUAACUUCAUAUAGUCAAUUCUAUGAGACCUUUGAUAAUGUUAAUAUAGACAACUGUAGUAGCAAAGGUACCACCUCUGAACAGUUAGGGGAAACAUUAAGGGGAAAACUGAAUGGGUACCCUGGACUCCGUGGUCAGGAGAAAAAGAUCAUGGGAGCUUAUUGCUCCGCAUGCAAGAAAAAACGAGAACAGUCCAAUGAUAAUACACCUUGCUGGUUCUUCUAUUAUUGGUUAGGAGAUAAAUACUGGAACGACUUAAAGAAUCAUAAAUUUUCAGACCUCUUGAGGGAAAUUCACACUACGCUGAUGGGAGGUAAUCAUGAUGAGGAAUGUAGAAUUCAAUACAGCGAUGUUAAUAAAAAGCUUCUCCCCCAAAUGAAAACAAUAUUCGAUUAUUUCUACGAGCAUGAGAAAAUAAACAAGCAGUUACUACAGAAUGGGCUAAACUGUAAAGACCAGUUGUCCCCUUACGUGAACAAAAUUUCCUCCGCAUGUAUUACCUUAAGAGAAGAUUGCAAAGGUAAGGAACACAUAAGUGAUUCCUAUUGUAACGACUUUAAUACCAAGUAUAAGGUACAUUGUAAUGUAGCGGAAGCAUUAAAAUUGUAUUGUACAGAAGCAGCUACCCUAGGGGAAAGUUCGCAACAUACCUCCGUAAAGCAGAAAUUAGAGGCCGAACGGGAGAUCGUACAACAAAAAAUAGAACUGGCAAAACAGGCAGCACAACAAGAAAAACAAACAACACUCUUCCAAUUAAAAGAAGCUGAAAGUAAAGCGAGUGCUGCUACAUCUCUUUCUUCUGCUUUUGGUACUUUAGCAGUAAUAGAAUUACCCGCAGCCUUAUUCUUUUUAUACAAGGUAAAAUUAUAG